AUGACCACCGGAGAUCUUGUCUCGCUGGGACUGUCCUCUGGGACGGUCACGGCCUGGCCUGAUGCCUCGGCCCCUGAGUCUGUCCCCGAGGGUCCGGAAGACGCCUCGGCCCCUGAGUCAGCCUCCGAGGGUCCGGAAGAUGCCUCGGCCCCUGACUCAGCCCCCGAGGGUCCGGAGGACGCCUCGGCCCCUGAACCUGUCCCCGGAGGCCCGGCCGACGCCUCGGCACCUGAACCCGCUCCUCAGAGUCAAGACGGAGCCCUGGAAGGUCCGUCCCCGUCCAAGCAUUUCAAGGGGGUCCAGGAGAUCCCACCUCUGUCCAGCCCCUCUGAGGGGGUUCUGAAGGGUCUGCCUCCGCCCAGGUCCCUAGAGGGCGUCCGGCAGGACCCGCCUCCGCUCAAGACCCAGGAGGGUCAGUCGCCGUCCUGCGACGCAGCGAUCCAGGUGGAUCAGUCACCGUCCGGCGACGUGGAGACCCAGGAGGGUCCGCUGCCGGCCCAUGUUGUGUCGACCCAGGAGGGUCAGUCACUUCCCCACAUUGGUUGGGUCCAGGGGGGUCGGGGCAAUCGCGUUCCCCGCCGAAGCAGAAGAGGACGCGUACAUCGCCUAACUCCUCGAAGGGUUGGUCGACCCCUAGGGUCUCGGAAGAGGGCUAAGAAGUCAAGAUGCCCUCAAGACCUUAGAGUCUCUGGAUCUCCACAUAAGCAUCCACCACCAGCCUCUCCACUCACCCUAUGUGACAGUCAGCUGUCUGAGUUUUUAUACUGGCUGUCACUCCCGGAGCCCCUCCAGAGACUGAUUGGGCGAUGAUUAUUUUUCAAAGGACUGGCUGACGCCUGUAGCCCGAGGCCCCCGGAAGCCUGUAGCCCGGGGCCUCCUGAAGCCUGUAGCCCGGGGC